AUGGUUUUUCUAUUUAUUUUUAUUAUUUUAUUACGAAUUUAGUCUUUCGUAACUGCUUAGUGUACUAUUAAUGCCUCAAUAGCCCAAAGCCAAUUAGGAGCAACUAUUUGCUUAUGUAAUUAAGGUUUUUAUGGUACUGAUGCUAGUCAAUCUACUGGAAGUUGUACAUAAUGCCCUUUUGGAUCCUCAACAGCUACUCCUUCUAAUUAAAGCGGAGGUAAUACUUCGAGUAAUGUAGAUGUCAGUGUCUGUAAUAUAUGUUAAAUAAAUUAUUAUAUGGCGUCUUCUGCUGUUUCAAAUUCACCAAAUUCACUAUCUGCAGUAUGUACUAUUUGCCCUAGUGGCACUGGUAAUAAUGGUGUUUCAUAAGUAGGAGAUCAAUCAUAAUGUAAUUUAUGCUUAGCUAACUAUUAUAUGACAUCUUCAGCUGUAUAACCAGAUAAUUCUGCAAUACCAGCUGUAUAAGGAGUUGCAGCUCAAUGUUCUCCUUGUCCUUCUGGAACUGGAAAUAUUGGGCCAAUAUUAACAGUAGGUGAUAUCUCUUAAUGUAAUCAAUGCUUAAAUAAUUACUAUAUGGUAGCUUAAGCAGUUUAAUUAUCUAUAAAUAAUUAAGCACAAGCAGCUUAAUGUAUGGCAUGUCCAACUGGUUCAGGAAAUAUUCAAAAACCUUCUAUCGUAGGGGAUGUAUCUCAAUGUAAUAUUUGUUUAGCUAAUUAUUAAAUGACUGCUAUUGCUUAGCCUGCUACUGAAAUGACUCCUGCUUCUGCUGCUUAAUGCUAAGCUUGUCCUGGUAAUUCUUACAGUCUUUUGUCAGUCUCUCCUGGUUAUGAUUGCUAAUGCUAUGAUUAAAAUGCUAUUCCUUUAUCAUCAACUUAAACUUCCUGCGUUUGCAAGAAUGGUUUUAGCGGAAAUGUUGCUACUUCUUUAGGUUCUACAGGAUGUAAAAAAUGCGAUUCUGGUUAAUUUUCUACUGCUGGAUCAGCUUGUGUUGCAUGCACUGCAGGUUCUUCAAUUAACUUAGAUUAAGGUAGCUGUUCUUGCAAUGAUAACAGCACAGGAACUACAUAAUGGUCUCCAAAUACAAAUAUUUGUUAAUGCUAAGCAGGUUAUUAUGGAAAUGCAGCCGCAGCUGCUCCAAAUACUACUGGUUCCUGCACUCUUUGCCCAACAAACACAUCUUCAAAAGCAGGUUCUGCAUUAAUAGCUAGUUAGUGUACAUCAAUUUAUGCUACUAAAUCUAUAUUAAUUAAAUUUAGUAUUAUUUCCAUUCUAAUUGUUAUCCUUAAUUGA